GGAAAACAUGUCGAUCGAGUACGUCUGCGGCUGUGGGCGGCAGUAUCCGUUGGCGGAGCUGUACUGGAGCGACACAUGCAAGAAGAUCGUGUGUCCGUGGCCAACUUGUUCGCUACAAGAGAUCGACUCGUACUUCUGCCGCUUCCAGAUGGACAAUCUGCCGUCGAAGGAAGCGGCGGCGUACAAGAAUCGAUCGGCGCGGACGUUUGCGUGCCCCGACUGCAGGAGCACGUUGCAAACGAUCAAGCACGACAAGUACACGUUCUUCUGCGCGCACUGCCGCUGGGACUCGGAUUCGAUUCAGCUGACCGACGAAGACCCGGACACGUUGAUGAUGGUCGCCAACACGAGGGAGCGGGAAGAGCAUGUGUUUGACGUGCUCCUGGCGCACUACCAGCAGAGAGCCGCCGCGCAAACCUCCAUUCAACACACGAGAAGCUUCAUGUCCAAGCGCUCGUUCACUUCUGCAUCCUCGUCGAGGUUCAUCAAGUAUUCCCAGAGGCCUCCUCCUGCAAUGCAACUUGGCUGGAAGAUGGAGAAUUUAGACGCCAAGCUCAAGGACACGUUGUCGACGGUAUCGUCUGCGGUCGACACGGCCCUCGUCGAGCAAUGCCGCCAAAAGUUCCCUCACCACGAAUCCUUCCAUGGCAUCGACGCUGUCCGCGCGGCACAGUGCGACGACAUGGCGGCGGUUUCCACCUUGGCGCAGCGAAACCUAUGCACGCCGCUUCUUCAAUCGCGGGACGUCUCAGCAUUGUUCCCAUCACGUCCUGAUUUGCGCGUGAAGCGGUCGUGGCGAUGCGUCGAGAGUAUGGCGAGCGGCGCGCCUGGGAUCUUGGUCAAGCCGCAGAUCAACCCCAUGACAGGGGACAGUUCCAUGGUCGUGGGCGCGUCGUGGUGGAAGAAAGCUACGCUGGCCCUCCACAUGCUUCCUAGCGUCACCAUUCGUCGUGUAUGGGAGCCCAAGGAUGCCGCCAUCGUCGUCGCGUGGCUGCUCGUGGAGAAUCCGCUGGACGAAGACAUUGUGCUUGUAUUAACGCAAGAUGGGCAUGGGGAUGUGAUGAUGCCGUCGGCGCCGAUUCGGGUCGGCGGGUACGAAGACCCGAACCUGAUUGACACGACCGGCGCGGACAUUCUCCAGUUUAUUGACAUGACCCAAGCCGCGUCGGCGGCGGUGCUCGUGUCCCGCAACUACGCCAAGAUCAAGCUGGAAACGUCCGUCGAGAUGGCGCCGCGCUGUGUGCAUGUGAACAUUGCCAUGUAUGACGCUGCGUCGUCACCUUCGACUUUGGAUGUGGUGACCAUGCCGUUGUUGAGCCGGUUUGCCGUCGUCGUGAAUAUUCCAGUCGGUACCCCCCCCCCAUGCAACACGAAUCAUGAUAAGUAAUAUGAAAAUGGUGUGAUGGUAUUGGAUA